AUGAUGGAAACGGAAGCUGAAGACAAGCAUACUUCGCCAAUAGCUUCAUCCUCUUCAUCAACUGGGAACCAGCCUGAGGCCAGCACUCGACGUCCAAGUAUGAAAAACCCUCCAGCAUCAACCGCUGUGGUUGAUCAAUCUGUCUUGGGGACCAACAUUGAUGAUGAUACUUUGCCAGAAAUCCUGCCUGUUACUGCAGCUGCAAUGCUAGACUUUGAUAAUCAGAACAAUGCAGUGCAAAGGACAAGCAGACGAUCUGUGCAUAGGGGAACCAACUGGGAAAUUAAGACUAGUGUACUGGUCAACCGGGCAGAUGUCCUGGAGAGUACAGAGGAAGCAGUAGAGGAGGAUGAAAAUUUCAACUUUAAUGCUGUCCCUGAAGUAGAAUUCGCUGGGGAAGAUGCCACCGAUCUUGGCGGGCCGAUGAGGGAAUAUUUUAGCCUCCUACUGAACGCAAUAGUUGUAGGCGAUUGUUUCGAUGGUGAGUUGGAGAAGCGUUCCUUCUCACUGAACAUUAGCCAUCUGGAGGAGAAGAGGUACUUCCAGGCUGGUCAUUUCCUGGCAUGGAGCUUGCUCCAUGGUGGCCCCGGUCUUAAGUACCUCAGCAACCAAGUGUGGUCACUGAUGACCGGUGGAGUCAUUGAAGAUGAGGAUGUCAGCCAUGUGCCAGAUAUUGAUGUGCAGAAUAAAUUAAACAAGUUGAAGGAGUGCAAGACUGAUCAGGAGUUCUGCCAGGUCUGCAGGGAACUUGCAGAUUGGGGAUACGAUCGCGGUUGCCCCCAGAUCAUUGGGAUGAAGUCCCUCAAUCAAAGGACACCACUCCUGAGGCAUUUAAUUGCAUUCUAUUUGUUUUAUAGAGUAAAGCCGGCCAUCGAUCAGUUCACCAGUGGUAUGAACAGCCUUGGUGAUCUGUUCACAGUAAUGGGGAAGAAGCCAACAGACUUUCAAAAUUGCAUGUGCGGGGGUGAUAAAUCACUUACCCGCAAAACAUUGAAAUCGAUGUACCGAAUCCAGUACACCAAGAAAGAGGACAACAAGGCCCAGCAUGAGGAGGAGAAAGUAACAAUGUUAACUUUCGAAAGGUUCCUUCAGAGUUGUGAGAAUCAAAAGAACAAUAUCACGAUAAAUGAUGUUCUACAAUUUUGUACUGGACUGGCUUCACUUCCGCCUCAGGGGCUUAACCACAACGCAAUUGUGGUGAAGUUUUAUGACCAGGAGGAGGGCACAUUACGGUUGCCGUCGGCCUCGACAUGUGCGUUGUGGCUGUGGUUGCCAAGAAACCUGAAGGAUAGGAAAGACAAGAAGGUGGUGUUUGACGCGAAGGACUUUCUUGGGCAGGCAAUAAAGAACAGCUUGGCAUCUGGGUUCAAUAAAAUAUGAAUUUUUAGCUCACCUGGGUCAUCACAUUUUGUCCGUCGUCUGUCCAUCAACAAUGGUGGCACGUUUGUUCACCAUUAAGUCUAGAAAAUUGAAACUUGGUGUGUGGAUGUUUCAUGACAACUUGACUUGAUAUACCAAAGAUCAUCUCAAUUUGGCCUACUUUCUGGGCUCUAGGCCGCCAUCUUUGAAAACCUUCUCUGUCAAUAUCUCAUAGUCAGAAUCAUGACAUUUUUACUGUGGUAACUUCAGACAAGAAUACAUGACAUAAUACCCGGGUUUUAGAUUUGACCCACUUUUCAUGGUCACAGAGGUCAAAGUAGAAAAUUUCACGGUGGCACAUUUCUUCAUUAUUUGUCCUGGAAUUCUUAAAGAGUAAGUAGAAAGCCUUUAAAAUCGUUCAAAAUACAGUUCACCCGUGAGACAUUAACUCAAUAUAUCACGACUGACCAAAUUUCUGUGCCGAAAUAUUGCCAUAUGACCUAUAUCGGGGAUUUAAAUCGGCCAUGUAAGGGGCAAAUAUCUUGGUGCCAAAAACAGACGUCGGCCAUGUAUGUACACACCUGUUGGCUAUCUCUACAUGUUGACAAAAAUUUUAAGCUGCAGUGUAAGUAGGUCAGUGUCAUAAAAUUCUAUGGGUCAUGUCUCAAGAGGCGAAUGACCUUCACUCUCAUUUCAUCCAUCACUGAAACAUUACCAGGUGAGCACAAUGUCCUCGUACAUUUCAUUUAUAGCUCACCCAGGCUAUUUCAUUCCUGAGCGUAUGGAUUCAGUGAGUGGUAAUUGAUUCCUAGUGUCAUGAGGACAAUGCCAUUCCAUGUCUCAUCUUUAUUGAGGAUUUAUUUAUGUAUUUUUGUGGAUGGUGUUUGGUUUUUUGUGAAGAAGUACACUUUAGGGUGUCGGGUGCUACACUCCUUGCACCUUAAUGGGUAGUAAUCUGCAGGCAAUCUCUCAUUACAAACACAGAACAAACUUGUUAGGAAUCUUUUUUUCUGAGAUAUUGUACGUAAUAGGUGAUGUAAACCCUUUGAGUGCCAGCCCUCCAAAAGCCAGAUGGUCUACUUUUCCAGUCUGAAGUAUAUUUUGAAUUGAAUCGGAAUAGUCUAUAACUUUUUUAUGUGAGGAUUUUAUACUUGAAAUAUUUUCCUAAUCACGUUGUGCUAAGGAGGCAACACUUCACCACAACAUGGCCCUGGCUGUCAACUAGGGUAUUUGCGUUAUUGUCUAUUGAUGUAAACAAAAAGCUGUGGCGAGUUGUGCGCAAAUUUUGCAGUCAUCUCGUGCUGCAGUCACUCAUCGGAGAUCGGCCGAUUUAAAACUGUAAGUUCUAGAAGUUAUUAAGUAAUAAUAGGACAAAUAUUUUAAGUCAGUAAUUGUCAGAGAUUGUGAUAAGCACUCAUUCAGCGCAAUGAGCAAGUUAUUCUCUUGAACUAAAGCAACUGACGUCACACUUCUACACACCUUAUUUUGGUAUUGUUACAUCAAACACAUGAAGUUAUGUUAUGAGACAAGUAGCCCGACCUGUACCUGCUGACCUGCUGAACCCAGAUUAAUGUUAUUUUCAAUCCACGAUUGCAGGUCACCUGAUCUUUGAGAUUUCGCGGGAAAUGAAAUUGUAAACAAACGCAUGUGUGAAGUUCAAAUGUAAACAAAAAUGUACUUGAGUACGUUUUCCCAUAGUUAGGAGCUGGGGGUGAAAUUGGUUGUCUAUUGUUUAGUAAUGGGUGCUGUGUUAGCCAGAGCUAGACCUUGAUUAUGAAGGGAUUUUCAAAUGAAGGUGACCAUUGUCUGCCUAUGUGCUCACCACAGCUUUCAAUACUUGAUGAUGUAUCUGAAGAGACACUCUGAUCGUGGCAUGGCCUUAUCAAAGAGCUGCUCAUAGUGCUGAACUUCUAGCUUGCCUGUCGACUAAGUGCCUUGCCCGAGACCUUGCUACAUGUAGGAGGAGCACGUAUUUUAAAGUUAUAGUAGUGAUAGUGCAAUUGGUUCGAGCCAUUUGGAGGCCGACAUGUGAAGGCCUAUCUGGGUUCGCCUUCUUCUCCGUAUAAAAAGGGGCCUAUUGCUGACUAAGGAAUGAGGCAUAUUGACAUUGCCUCAUCUCUAUUGCACCAAUUGAUAUACUUUUAUAUGCAUGCAUACAUCACGCCACUGGGUCCGAGUCGGUGGACAAAGGGUUGGUUUAAUUUGUCUCUUCGAUAUGGCUCCUUUGAUAUCCUUUGAGAUUUUCAGUGCAAUUCAAUGUUCGGCACAUGCAGUUCAAGGUAUAGCCCACUUGAACCUGCCUGCGCCACGGGUAUAAAACCAGUAACCAUUAAUACCCUAGUGACAGGGAACGCCACCUAUUAAGAUGCCAGUACCUCAUUAGCUAUUUAGGUCAUAUGACACUAAUUGUCAUCUAAUUUUCGUAAUUGGUCAUAUUGAAAAUGACAUAUUUUUAGUUGUCUAUAUGUUUCAGAACAGUUGUCAGUUUGAUCAGAUGAGUGUUUUAUGUUUAAUUUUGUAUUAAUUUUUUUGAAAUAAAAAUUGCCAGUCCCCAAUUUUUCUUCUGCAUUGAAAGGGUUAAUUUGAGCUGGCUAUUCGUUUUCAUCGUUUCAGAAAUACAUACGUGUACUUACAUUUGACAUUUUUUAAAAAGGGCACAGUUGCAGCAUUGAAUAAUUUUUGUUUAAAUAUAUUCCGCAUACUAAUUGCAGAUUAUUGUGAACUAGAAGCUCUCAGAAUGGUGUAUGGCCAUUUCGCCUACAAUCAUUUCACCUACAGCCAUUUCGCCUACUUGUCAAUUCGCCUACUUGUCAAUUCGCCUACUUGUCAAUUCGCCUACUUGUCAAUUCGCCUACUAACCAUUUCGCCUACUUGCCUUUUCACCUACUAGCCAUUUCGCCUACUUUUACUGCUUUUUUUGUUUUUUUAUGAAUUGGAAGGAAAGUAUAGGACUUUCUGGAUAUUUGUAUUGAACAGAGGUGGUUUGAGGCGAAUUUUUAGCUGACAGAUAGGAGUACGGUUACUAUACAUUAGCAGAAAAUUAGUUAGUUUGCUUAUGUUGUGUGACACACUUUAUCAUGUUUAUAGUGAUCCAAUUAAUCCAGUAACCAAAUUAGAGCUUCAACAACAACAAAUUAGUGUAUGAUGAUUGGGACUCUAAAAGGGAAAUGGGAUACACACUGCAACAGUAGGCCUACAUAGGGCCAAACAUAUAUUUUUGGCAGAUACCAAAUAAAUGUGGUGGAUUUGCAAAUCCUCUGCAACAGUAGGUAUAAAACCUGAUAACUUAUAUUUUUUACUGAUACUGGUAUCAAUAUGGAGGAUUUAAAACAAAUAUAUUCAGAAUUAUGUGA